CACCCCCGCCCCCGGCUCUGAUUUCGUCUUCGGAGUUCUGGAGAAGGCAGAAGCUCUGGCUCGUCCCGUCCCUCCGCCUCUGCCUCUCCCUUCUCUCCCGGGAUGGGGCUGGGAGUUGUAGCCGCUGCAGCCAGGCUGCUGCAGUGCUCCCCCUGAAAGCUCGUGAUCCCCUCGCUUCAGCUUCACCAGCUCGCCCUCCGCCUUCUGUCUCUUCCGCCCCUCCCCAAAAGCCAGACCCCAGCCGUCGAGAUGCUACGGCCAGCUCCGACUCGACUGGGACUUGUCCUGCUUUUGCUCUGUCCCGCCCACGUCGGCGGGCUCUGGUGGGCUGUGGGCAGUCCCCUGGUCAUGGACCCCACCAGCAUCUGCCGGAAGGCUCGACGGCUAGCAGGACGGCAGGCAGAGCUGUGUCAAGCUGAGCCUGAGCUGGUGGCAGAGCUGGCACGGGGUGCCCGGCUAGGUGUAAGGGAGUGCCAGUUCCAGUUCCGAUUCCGACGCUGGAACUGCUCCAGCCACAGCAAGGCCUUUGGGAGAAUCCUGCAGCAGGAUAUCCGGGAGACAGCCUUCGUCUUCGCCAUCACAGCAGCUGGGGCCAGCCAUGCAGUGACCCAGGCCUGCUCUAUGGGAGAGCUGCUGCAGUGUGGCUGCCAAGCUCCUCGUGGACGGACCCCACCCCGGCCCCCUGGACUCCCCAACCUCACUGGGACUCCGGGGCCUCCAGGGCCUGGGAGCUCCUUGGAUGGCAAUGCAGCCUGGGAGUGGGGGGGCUGUGGAGACGACGUGGACUUCGGAGAUGAGAAAUCCAGGCUCUUCAUGGAUGCUCGGCACAAGCGGGGAAGGGGUGAUAUCCGGGCACUGGUGCAGCUACACAACAAUGAGGCUGGACGGCUGGCGGUGCGGAGUCACACGCGCACAGAAUGUAAGUGCCACGGCCUGUCGGGCUCCUGCGCUCUUCGCACCUGCUGGCAGAAGCUGCCCCCGUUCCGGGAGGUGGGAGCCCGGCUGCUGGAGCGCUUCCACGGCGCCUCCCGGGUCAUGGGGACCAACGACGGCAAGGCCUUACUACCGGCUGGCCACACCCUCAAGCCCCCGGACCGCGCCGACUUGCUCUACGCCGCAGACUCGCCCGACUUCUGCUCGGCCAACCGGCGGACGGGCUCCCCGGGCACUCGGGGCCGCGCCUGCAACAGUAGCGCCCUGGACCUGAGCGGCUGCGACCUGCUGUGCUGCGGCCGGGGACACCGUCAGGAGAGCGUGCAGCUUGAGGAGAACUGUUUCUGCCGCUUCCACUGGUGCUGCGUGGUGCAGUGUCACCGCUGUCGCGUGCGCAAGGAACUCAGCCUCUGCCUUUGACCCGGACCUGCCCUUGCCCCGCGCCCCUGAACCUCAGGGGGCUAAGCCUGCGUCUCGGGGCCGCCGGCGAGAGACGGCUAGACGGUGGCAGAGAACGUGGCCUUGGCCUGGCUCCAGCUAAGGGAGUACCCGAGAACGUGGGCGAAGGAUGCCUUCCCGGAUCAUCAUGGCCUGUUAUUCCAGGAGCAGAGACCAAUACAUGCGGGGAAGGGAACUCUCGAGAGACAUCUAGCCACCUGGGUGCCAAGGAGAGUGGGUGGUGCUGUGGAUUCCCUGCUCGAUUCUGACUCUUCCUUCAACAUUUCCAGAUAAAGAUGGAGAUUUGGAAUGGGGAUCAGGAUACUCUUAAAGCACUGCCUGGGGAAUGGGAGGAAGUGAGAAAAGCCAAGGGGAACAACGCUGGAGGAUGGGGGAGGGACCCUAAUGACAGGGUUGGGGAGGGCCCCAGGAGGUGUCAAGGGGGUGAUUUUUGGUACUAAUAAAGUUAUUUAAAGCAAAUAGACUCUGUUGGGGAUUUGGGGACAGAGGCUGUAGCCAGUCUCUCCAGACCCAAAUUCAGGGAAGGGACACUUAGCAUAAUGCUGUAGGGCUGGGAAAGGGGAAGGAGGAAAAAGAGGAUUGUAAUUUGUAAUGAAACCCUUGAAGGUUACCAUCUUCUGUGCUCCAGAGGGUUCUCUCCUUAGUGAGCUGGACGGACCCUCCCAGAACUCACCUAAUCCAACUCCCCCAUUUUACACAUGAGGGCUCUGGACCCAAAUAAGUGAAAUAAUUUGCCCAAAUCUGGGGCAGAGCUGGGAUUUGAAUCAGAUUUUUGACUUCAAAUUCAUGCUGCCUUCCUUGCCCCUUUUCUGGCAGCCACUAGGUCUGAAGGUUCUUAAAGUGGCAUUUUAUUCCUCAUUUCUGGCAUGGUAGGUGUCCCUUUUCCACUUUACUGUUAAUCUAGCACAGUGACUGAAGGCGUGAGGAGCAAUCCAUAACUUGACUUUAUUAUAACAGGGUUAGAGAGUUUAUUGAAAAAAAGGAAUAUGUAGUAUCUUACAGCUUUAAAAAAAAAAGGCCAGUAUUUGCCUGGCUAGUCCAACCCUUACAUUCUAUAGAUGCGGAAAGUGAGUCCUAGGGAGGUGAAAUGAGUUAAAUUCCCAAGUUCCCUUAAAUUCCUGGCUCUUACCAGCAGAUCUUUUGGUCUUAGGUUGCCAUUUGGACCUAGGAUUUUAUCAGUGUAGGGGAUUCCCAAUGAGGACCAUCUGAAAACACAGUAGCAGCACUUCAGUAACUUUACAGUCUCGUAGAGUUGCCAGGACUUGAACCCAGAUCUUCCUGGGUCUUAAGUUGUUCAAUACAUUUGACUUAAUACUUAUUAAGUACCUACUACACUAGGCACUGCAGAUACGAAGAUGAAAGGUGACAUAAUUCCUACCCUCACGUUUACAGUCCAACGUGGGAGGAAGAAGUAAUAUAUACAAAUGAAUAUGCUAGAAGGUAGCAUGUGAGAAAGGCAAAGGGUGAUGCUACUUCUAUAUCGUUGGCAGCAGGAGCAGCAAAGACUUCCCACAACCAACCUUUUGUACCCUAGUUAGAAAUGGAGGACUGGGCUUUGUGGAUCAUGGUCUCACCCAUUGCGGUAUUUCCCAUGUUCUUAUGGUUCCUCCCUCCCAUCAGCCAUAAAACCUAAGCCACAAGGAAGAAACCUAGUAAGUAGGGAUGGAGUUAUUCUUAUUCUUUUUCUUGGUUUUUGGUUGUUCUAGAUUGUAUUUAAUUCAAUUCAACCAAACUUUCAUAGCCCUGCUCCUCCUUCCUUCUUAUGGAAUCUGAGGUACCCGUUAACCCCCCCCCCAGAUUUCAUGAAUAUGACAGCAUCUCUCUUGACACAGAAAUUGUUACCUUUACCUGCCAUUUGAAUAUAUUUAAAAUACAGACGGAAAAUAAAGCAUUUUUAUUCACAAUGAA